GUCCACGUGCUUGGCUUCGUUCCUGUAGUCCACAGCAGUUCCCAGAAGUUCUUCUUUACUACCCAUCAUGUGAUUGUCAAUGUUUAACUUGUGGAAAGUUGCAUGAAGCAGAACAGAUGUCGAGAUCACGUCCUGCACUCCACCGACGUGCAGACACACAGACACAGUGAGCUAGUGGUUAAAUCCUCUGUUAAAGCUGAUCUGUAGUCAGCCAGCCGAUGGCCGCCCUGCGUGCAGCAAAGCAGGCUCUGAGGAGAGAAAUCAAAGGACGAGUUGCAGCGCUGAGUGAGGCGGAGAAACGACGACAGUCUCUGGUUGUUUCACAGAAGUUGUUCAGACAUCCCAAAUAUGUGUCCUCUCAGCGGAUUGCAGUGUUCCUGAGCAUGAACGAUGAAGUGUGUACUCAGGAAAUCCUCAGAGACGUGUUUAAAAGGGGCAAAACCUGCUUCAUCCCCAAAUAUGAGACCAGCAGCAACCAUAUGGACAUGUUGAAGCUCAACAGUCUGCAAGACAUGGAGACACUGCCGCUGACUUCCUGGAACAUCCGACAGCCUGCCGACGAUGACAGCAGCCGAGACGAAGCGCUGGCCACAGGAGGUCUGGACCUGAUCUUGAUGCCAGGCCUGGGCUUUGACCGGUUUGGGAAACGUCUGGGAAGAGGGAAGGGCUUCUAUGACACCUUCUUGGAGCGAUGCGACAAACACCCCAAAGGAAAGCCCUACACCAUUGCCUUGGCCUUCAAAGAGCAGAUGUGUCAGGAAAUCCCUGUUGAUGACAAUGAUGUGUUAAUAGAUGAAGUCUUGUAUGAAGAUAAGUAGUUCAUCAAUCACUGGUGGUGGUCCAUGAGCUGAAAAAUGGUAUAACAUGCCCAAGUCAGCCAAAUGUUUGUAAUGAUGUUUCCCUAUAACAGCAAUAAACUAUUUUCAAUGUAAUAAGUUUGAUUUGUUAGAGCAGGAAGACCUAAUGACACUAAUAAAAACUAAUGAUGUUUUACUGGAA